UAAGCCACUGUACAGUCUGCUAGCUUGCCAGAGGAGAUCAGGCGGCUUUUCUUCUGUAGUCGGUACGGCUCUGCAGCGGAGGAUGCACCUGGCUGAGGGAGAAGGCCACUGAGCUGCCGGUGCUUUCUUUCAGUCUUUCUGUGGGUGAUGCAUUUCUGAGUGGAACACCACCUUGAGUACCCGAGGAACAGUACACACCACUUUCAGACACAAUGGCGGACAAGGACAGUGUGGAAAAAUACCUGGAGAACAAUCCCCAGUUUGCCAAAGAGUAUUUUGACAAGAAGAUACGAGCGGAGGCCAUCACAGCUGCUUUCACCGAAACCCUUGAAAUCAAAGAUGCGUCUUCGUUUAAAGAGGCUUCUCAGAUCCAGGAGGCCACCAUUAUCUUCGACCUGAUCAAGGAGCUGCAGUCCGACUCAGAAAUGGAGAAGAGCAUGCACAAAGUCCUGCAACGGAUAUGCUUGCUGAUCAGCGCAGACCGCUGCAGCUACUUCACAAUGCGAGCUAGAAACGGAAUCGCUGAACUGGCCACUUGCCUUUUCGAUAUCACCCCCACCUCCAAAUUUGAGAACAACUUCGUAAACCCACUGGCCGAGAUCGUCUUCCCCACUGAUGUCGGCAUAGUCGGCCAGAUAAUCACCAACAAAAAAUCAGUUAACAUUCCAGACGUGAAGCAGAAUUCCAAAUUCAGUGACUUUGUGGACAAGCAGACAGGAUACACAACCAAAAACAUUCUGGCUGCCCCAAUUAUGUUUGGGAAAGAUCCGCUUGGAGUCAUUAUGGCGUUAAACAAAGUAGGAGGCACGGAAUUCAGCAAAGCCGAUGAGGAGCUCUUCACUAAGUACCUACAUGUUGCCUCAGUCAUUGCUCUUCAGCAUCACACCAAUUACAUGUGGAAUGUGGAAUUGAGAAGGAGUCAGGUUCUUCUCUGGUCUGCUAGCAAAGUGUUUGAGGAAUUGACAGACAUUGAGCGACAGUUCCACAAAGCUCUGUACACCGUCAGGACCUACCUCCAGUGUGAGAGGUACUCUGUUGGGCUGCUGGACAUGACCAAAGAGAAGGAAUUCUAUGACGAGUGGCCGAUUAAAUUGGGUGAAGUGGAACCUUACAAGGGACCCAAGACGCCUGAUGGCAGAGAAGUCAACUUCUACAAAAUCAUUGAUUAUCUCUUAGAGGGCAAAGAAGAGAUCAAAGUUAUACCGGGACCUCCUGCAGACCACUGGGCUCUUGUUAGUGGCCUACCGACUUAUGUAGCUGAAAACGGCUUUAUUUGUAACAUGAUGAACGUUGCUGCUGAUGAUUAUUUCACGUUCCAGAAAGAAGCUGUGGAUGAGACUGGCUUCAUCAUCAAGAAUGUGUUGUCCCUCCCCAUUGUCAACAAAAAGGAAGAAAUUGUGGGCAUUGCCACUUUCUUCAACCGGAAAGAUGGCAAACCGUUCGAUGAGCAGGACGAGCAGAUCACUGAAGCCCUCACACAGUUCCUGGGAUGGUCAGUGCUGAACUGCGACACGUAUGAUAAACUGAACAAAACGGAAUGGAAGAGGGAGAUCGCGCAGGAGAUGGUGCUGUACCAAACUAGAGCCAGUCUAGAUCAGGUCCAGGAGAUUCUGAACACUAGGGAGAAGUUUGAUGCAGAACCGGCGGACUGUGAUCAAAAAGAAAUGUACAAACUUUUGAGAUCAAACAUACCUGAAGCCAAGGAUGUGGACUUGCUGGAGUUCAGCUUCAGCGACUUCCCUCUAUCCGAGUUUGACCUGAUCAAGUGUGGUAUCCGCUGCUUCUUUGAACUGGGUGUGGUGGAGAAGUUCAAAGUGCCCCCGGAGAUUCUGACCAGAUGGAUGUACACGGUCAGGAAGGGCUACAGAGACAUCACAUACCAUAACUGGAGGCAUGGCUUCAAUGUGGGCCAGACUAUGUUCUGUUUACUGCAGACUGGAAGGCUGAGGAAAUACUACUCAGAUCUCGAUGCCUUUGCAAUGGUCGCAGCUGCGUUCUGUCACGAUAUCGACCACAGGGGUACCAACAAUCUCUACCAGACUAAGAGUGCAGCACCUUUGGCUAGGCUCCAUGGCUCUUCCAUCUUGGAAAGACACCAUCUCGAGUACAGCAAGACUCUGAUGGGAGAAGAGAACCUAAACAUUUUCCAGACUCUACAAAAACGGCAGUUUGAAACUGUGCAGCAUUUACAUGACGUUUGCAUCAUUGCGACAGAUUUGGCUUUGUACUUCAAGAAACGAACAAUGUUCCAGAAGAUUGUCGACGCCACAGAGCCAAUGACGGAUGAAAAAGAAGCAAUCAACUAUGUGUCCAACAACCCUAUAAGAAAGGAAAUCAUCAUGGCAAUGAUGAUGACAGGCUGUGACUUGUCUGCCAUUACAAAGCCAUGGGAGGUCCAAAGCAAGGUGGCUUUAAUGGUAGCUGCUGAGUUCUGGGAGCAGGGAGACCUGGAGAGGGAGGUGCUUCAGCAGGAACCCAUUCCCAUGAUGGACAGGAACAAGAAGGAUGAGCUGCCCAAAAUGCAGUGCGGUUUCAUUGAUUUCGUCUGUUCAUUUGUUUACAAGGAAUUUUCAAGGUUCCAUAAGGAGAUCACACCAAUGUUUGAUGGACUGAACAACAACAGGACCCACUGGAAAGAGCUGGCUGAUGUUUAUCAAGCCAAACUAGAUGCCAUUGCUAAUGAGAAGAAGAAACUAGAGGAAGCAGCAGAGAAAAAGGGAACAGAGAAUGGAGAAGGAGGAAAGUCUAAAACCUGCACCAUUUUUUAAAGAGCGACGUCGGGCUGAGAGCUCGAUCAACCUGUUGCAAGCGACAGCCGGUGGAAGAUGCUCCGUUUUGGAUCAUCACCUCUGCCAACUGUCUCGCCAGCUUUCCCCAUCUCUCGUUCUGUGAUAUGCAAGCAAACAUCAAUCAGUCCUUUCAUGGAGGAAGGAUUUGACUCUUCACUGCUCCUCUUGCGGAAGACGGAAAACUUGAACAACACACGUAAAAAGCUAAAAAAGAAAGCUAAGCACUGAUUUCCUGUGCUGUAUCAGUUUCAUAGUAAAGGCCAAUGAUUUCAUAUACAACAUUGCUAACUGGUGCAUCCUUCCCUGAUGAUAUGGUGGCUUAUAUACUUAUAUGCACAGGAAAGAUUAUGAGGAAUAGUCAAAGCAAGGUACAUCCAUACUACUUAUUAUUAGUCUAAACUUCUAAAUUGUUCUGUUAUUUACAUGCAAAGAUGUAACAAACAACAGUAACGUUUGUUAACUUAUGUCUAUUUUAAUUUUGAUUGAUUGCAGCCAGAGCCUCCCAGCUGCUUAGAUUGUGGGUAAAUACAUUUAACUGUACUUGGACACAUGUGAACACUCAUAUACAGUAGAUAUCCUGGCUAACUAAGAUGUCUAAGAAUGCACAGUGAAGUUGGGAGCAGUAAUAAUGUGCUGGUGACACUAAUUAGAACUCCGCUUAAACUCCUCUAGGAUCAUAGACAUUAACAGUAACAAUAAUAAAAGCAUGUCUCGCACAUUAAAACAUAUGAUUAUGGAGAGGAUUUGUAUUUGAAUUGCUAUUAACAUUGAUUAACUAUGAAUAUAUAUAUAUAUUUUUUACUUGUGUCCUCUUUAGACGUUUCAUUAUUUAUUAUGAAACAUUAUGGAAGUUUAAGCCAAGCCAGAGAAAGAGAGAGAGAGAGAAAGAGAAAGGGCAAUUAACUGACUCUAUAAUACUACAGUAUAUGUAUACUGUAUUUCGACAGCACUGUUAUUCUUGUUUGAAGGUGUAGCAGCGCAUUGUUCUGACCAAUAGGAUGGACGACCUUCUUUGCUUUGAUUAUUUACUGAGAUUUAAAUGUAUAUGAAACAUUCACAUAGUUUUUUGAAGGUUUUGUGUAACUAUCAGUACGACAUAUGUUACAUAGGCUGUAAAUAUAUGAGACAAUGUAGGACAUAUAUUUACUUAAUAAAAUAAAAAAAAAUUGGGAAACAGUCUUACUGAACUUUUUCGAAUGCAAACCUCAGGAAUGAGCAGGCAGUGGAGGAGUCAUGUAAGAAGUCCUUCCAGGAAAACUUCAGCACUCAAAGAACUUAAGAGGAAACUGAGACUGACUUAAUCUUUAAAUGCAAUUAUUACAUAACAUAUAGGCCAAAGCUGAAGCACACACUGUCUCUACUGUUCAGAUACAGACUUAACAGCUAAUCAGACUGACCUACAGUCCCCUCCAAAGGUAUUGGAACAGUGAGGCUGAUCCCUUUUUUUCUGCUGUAGACUGAAAACAUUUGUUUGACAUUAAAUAUGAGACAAAAGAGCAACAUUAAAGCUUUUAUUUCCAGGUAUUUACAUCUGGAUCUGAUACACAGUUGAGAAGAUACUGUAGCACCUCCCGUCUGAACCCAUUCAUUUUUCUUGUGAGCAAAAGUAUUGGAACAGAUAAACUUAAAAUAAUUUAAAGUGAAUAAGACUUAAUAUUUAGUUGCAAAUCCUUUGCUUCCAGUAACUGCAUCACAGUUGUGACCUACUGACAUCACCAACCUUCUGCAUUCUUCUUGUGUGAAGCUUUUCCAGGCUGCAGUGGGUUUUGGGUCAUUAUCUUACUGCAUGAUGAAGGAUCUCCCAAUUAGUUUGGUUUCAUCUUUCUUUAAAUUCACAGACAAAAUGUUUCUUCUAAGGUCAUUGUACAUCAAUGACAAUUAAGCUCCUCCCAGAAUAAGCCGUGCAAGCUUACGCCAUGACACUACCUCCACCAUGUUUCACAGAUGAUCUGGUAUGUUUGGAAUCAUGAUCGGAUUCUUUUUUUCUCCAAAUUCUAGCCUUUCCAUACCAUUGGUAAAGGUUAAUCAUUGUCUCAUUUGGUAAUUUGGUAAAUUCCAGCCUAUCCUUCCUAUUCUUCUUGUUAAUAGUGGUUUUCAUCGUCUGGUGAAGCCUCUGUACUUUUGUUCAUGAAGUCUUCUGUGAACAGUAGAUUGUAAGACCUUCACUCCUGCCCUCUGGAGGUUGUCCCUGACGUCAUUAACAGUGUUUUAGGGUCUUUCUUUACAGCAUUUACAAUGUUUCUGUCAUCAACUGCUGUGUUUUUCUGUGGUCAACCCGUUCAACAACUGUUAUUUAGUACACCAGUGACGACUUUCUUCUUCAGGGCAUUCCAAACUGUUGUUCUGGCUAUGGACAAUAUUUGUGCUCUAAUGUUUCUCUCAGCUUCACAGUUGCUUGACAGUGCUCUGUUUUUUACGUUGGUUACUCCUCUAACUAUAAAUGCACAGUCUGCACAGAUAAAACUCAAAUAUAAAACUGAGUGCUGUUUUUUGCUUGAAUAAUUGAAAUGGGUGGGUUCAGACAGAAGGUGCUAUUUUUUGAACUGUGUAUCAGAUCCAGACGUAAAUACCUGGAAAUAAAAGCUGAAAUGUUGAUAUUUUGUCUCAUAUUCAUCUUUAAUGUAAAAUUUAAAAUAUUCUCAGUCUACAGCAGAAAUAAAGGGAUUGACCUCACUGUUUCAAUACUUUUGGAGGUAACUGUAUUUAAGUUGAAGGGCUCAUUUUGUAUUUUUCUUCAAAAAAACUGACCUUUGGUUAGGUCUGAGAAUGGUACAUUGAUCUUGUUGUCGGCUUCUCAGAUGAAACCUCUCCCUUAAUACUCUUUAAACCAGAUCAGGCAACAGAAGGCACUGUCAUAAGGACACAAAGUGAGGUAAUCUCAUUCUAAAUGGGCAGAGUUUCUCUACAUUCUCUUGUGGUCUCUCAUGUACUAUUGAUGUAAACUCCUAAUGAAAGAAUGUAGAAUUCACCUCUAGUGUCUACUCUAACUGAAUGGACUCAUGUAAACAAUGCUGAAUGUGAAUGAUGUCAUGAGCACAAAUAAAUGCACUGUUCAAAUAUUG